AUGAAUCCCGCAAGGAUUAAUUAUGAAAAUUUCCAGAUGUCUGAUUCUAUAUUUGUUUCGAAUAACAGUGAUAUUUACAUGAGUUCUAACAUUGGCAGAGUUGACAAAUGGACGGCAAAUGCGAAGCAUAUGGCUCACUUGAUGACUGUCGAAGAAACAUGUGUUGAUCUGUUCGUAGAUAUGGAUAAUAAUUUAUAUUGUUCAAUGUUUCAAUAUCAUGUAGUCACGAAAAGAUUUUCGAACGAUGAACAUGAGCAGGAUAUAACAGUUCUUGCUGGUAAAUACAACAGUGGUUGGAAGCCAGAUUGUUUGGAUGGUCCUAGGGGAAUUUUUGUCGAUAUUAAUUUUGAUUUAUAUGUCGCGGAUUAUAACAAUCAGCGAAUUCAAUUAUUUCACCCGAGAAAGUUAAAUGGACAAACAGUAGCAGGACAAGGGUCAUCCGAUAUUACAACAAUACUCUAUGGUCCAGUUGCUGUCGUACUGGAUGCUGAAAAACAUCUCUUUAUCGUGGACUAUGAAACUAAACGUAUUCUUGGAUCUGGACCAAAUGGGUUUCAAUGUUUGGUUGGAUGUCAUGAAAAAAUUAUUGAUCCCAAUCAAUUCGACUGUUUCGCAAGUUUUAGCUUUGAUGUGCAUGGAAACACAUUUGUUCCUCUUAAGGACACCCUUCGAAUACAGAUAUUCCAUCUACAAAACGAUUCUUGUGAUGCCUCAUCAAACGUUCAAGCGCAAUACUCAUCGAUCUUACCAGCAAACUACACCACGUUUUCACGUGUUACACUUAAUCACUCGAAAUAUCACUAUGAAGUCAUUGUUAACAAGAAGGCUUUCUACGUUCUCAUCGGCAACAGUAGCGUCGAUCUGUAUGGUCACGUAUACAAAGAUCAUUUUGAUCAAUUCAAUCUGACAAACAACCUCAUUGUGUGGUAUGGCAAAUACUGCAAUAGAAAUCAAUUUAAAUUCACACUUGAACUUUUUCUCAACACGAAAUAUAUCUUGGUUGUAACAAUGUAUAAUUCAAAUGUGACAAGUCCAUUCUCGAUCACUGUAUUCGGUUCUAACACAGUUCAGCUUCAAUGCACGAGUGAGUAA